AAAAUAUAAAACCUUCCCUUCGCUCAAGCAGUCAAGCCUGUUCGGCAAUUCGCUCUGAUUUCAUUAAGAGCAGCAUAGCAUAUUCAGCUAUCCACAUUCAACCAUGGUGAAUGUUCCAAAGACUAAGAAGACCUUCUGCAAGUCAAAGGAGUGCAAGAAGCACACACUGCACAAGGUCACUCAAUACAAGAAGGGUAAGGACAGCCUUGCUGCUCAAGGAAAGCGUCGCUAUGAUCGUAAACAAUCAGGUUAUGGUGGACAAACCAAGCCCGUCUUCCACAAGAAGGCUAAGACUACAAAGAAGAUUGUGUUGAGACUUCAAUGUCAGGGAUGCAAGCAUGUUUCCCAACAUGCAAUCAAGCGGUGCAAGCAUUUUGAGAUUGGUGGGGAUAAGAAAGGAAAAGGAACUUCGCUUUUCUAAGUUGCUGAGGCAGAGCACUUCAUGCCCUUUUACAUUCUUCCUGUUUUUGGUGUAGCAUGUGACGCCGUUGUGCGUCUUUUACUUAUCAGUGAUGACAAUUAUUAUCUCUGUUUUUGAAUUUCUUGAUCUAAAUAUACUCGUAACUUUCUUCAAUAGGACACUUUAUGAAUGAUUAUCUGAAUGCUUGCCUGCAAUUAGGGUAGUAAGACUGUGGCUGUUUCUUGACCAGCUUGUUGCCAUCCACAAUUAGGGCACCUGCAUAACGGUCUACUAUCCAGUGAUGUGAUCUUAAAUUAAUUUUUUCCCCAAUAGUUGUAGCCUUAUAGGAUGUAUAAUUAUGACAUACUUUUGUCCCGUUGUUUCAUUCCCCCGCAGCCAUGGCUGUAACAGUUUUC